AUGAGCUUUGCAUUUGGUUUUGACUAGUUUGGAUAUUCGAAGCGGAGUGAAAAUCAAUGCCAUUGAUGCGCAUUCAGGAAAGAAAGGGAGACGUUCGCUGUUACAAGAGUGUACUUCGUUCUUCUGAUUUCUAAACGGAGGAGAAAAAUUUAAGACUUCUCCCUAACGGCUUUUGUGUUGCUUUGACAGACAAGAUGUGCAAGAUUCGCUUAAGUGAGUUUUGUGGGUGGAGUUUCUUUAUUCCAGAGCUUGUCUUUCUGUUCUACAAAGUGGGUGAAUCAAUGCUCGAUGCUACUCUUCGACCGUACAUUGCCGAAUUGGUUUGUAAGAGACUGUACACGCGAAAUCAUACUUUGUGCGACAAUUUGAGCCAAUUCCCAACAGCGGAAAACCAGGUGCAAGCAAUGGCCGCUAAAUACAUCAUGGGGUACCGGAUUUUGGUGAACUUACCUGCCAUUAUGCUGGGCUUAUUCUGCGGGGCCUGGAGUGAUCGAUUCGGCCGAAAGCUGCCCAUGAUGAUACCAAGUUUGGGCAGUGUGCUAGCUGUUCUUCUGUACAUGGUGAGUUAUAUGUCCACACCUUACGGUCUAGAACUCAUUCUAGCCGGCGCCGGGAUGCAAGGCAUCAUGGGCAAAAGUUCUAUCAUCACAAUGGCAGUCAACAGUUAUAUCUCGGACAUCUCCGAGAAAGACGAGCGGACCAGAAAACUGGGGAAACUUCAAGCGAUGAACUUUUUCGGCCUUUUUGCCGGAUCUUUCUUAUCAGGAGCCUUGCUUGAAACAUCCGACUUUAACACUGUCAUGUGUGUAAUCGUUGUACUCCAUGGUGUCGCCAUUCUUUGCACCGUGUUUUGCGUAGAUGAAAGCGUUCCUCCCAACAAACACCAGGAAUCUGUGAAACAGUAUCUUUCUAUUUUCAACCCAGCUAACGUUAAGAAUUCUAUCCUCGUCCUUUGCAAGGAAAGGAAAUACAACUUUCGACAAAUAAUAGUCGCUCUCUUUGUUCUUUCCAUCACGAACCAAACUUGUAAAACCGGAGAAAUGGACGUGACUGUGCUGUACGUGGAACGCCGUCCCUUGGCUUGGCCCAAAUCCUGGUACGGAUAUCUUCUAUCCGUAGAUUAUGCUAUCAUGGGCUUAUGUCUGUUUUUCUUCCUGCCGGUUCUAACAGAACUCGUCAAGACGCCAGAUGUAGGAAUUAUAAUGCUUGCCGUUGGUUGUAAAAUAGCUCGCUCUCUUUGGGCAGCAUUCUGUUACAAAUCCUGGAUGGUUUAUGUGUCUGUAAUAAUCGGGGCCUUCGGCGGACUCUCCGUGAGCUCUAUCAGGUCUUUACUCAGCAAAUCUGUUGAAGAAGACGAACUGGGUAAGAUGUUCGCGCUACUGGCCAGCGGAGAGACAGCGUCUAAGCUUCUUGGUACCAUCAUCUUUACCAACAUUUACGGCGCCACGGCCCACUUUUUCCCCGGAUGUGCGUUCCUGGUGGAAUGCGGGUUAUACGUGCUGAUGUUUUUCUUGGCCGUGUGGUUGUACAAGGAGGUUCAACUGAACAACACCUACAACUUGAUACAACUCGUUUUGCCGGGUCCACAGACCGAUUCGAGUCAACCAGGCAACGAAGAUGUGGACGGGGUCAACGCUGACGAAAAAACCUCUCUCAAGCCAAGCAUAUUUCCCGCUCGGGCGUUAGUCAUGACGAACUCUCCAAAUUGACGUAAGCGAACGUUGGGUUUGUAACUGGCUUUCCCGGACGGUAAGAAUGUGCUCCAUGCUUUCAGGACAAGGUAUGAGUGCCUCUGCUUUCAGGACAAGGUAUGAGUGCCUCUGUGAAGGGUGACAUUGUAGUACGAGCGCUGACGCAAAUUUCAGUAAUGUUCUAAAUAUUAUAUAUAUAUUAUACAUAACAUGUAUUAUGACCAGUCGACAUUGUACUCACCCAGGUAUACUAGAGCACAGGUAUACUAUUAAUUUAUCACAGCAAUAACAAUUGUUACAUUUACAAUUUAACCAUAAUUGCUAAAAAAAAAAAAAA